GAUCUCGUAGAAGGGCCCGCGUAAGUAGUGAAUUGAGAGGAGUAUGUGACGACACAACGUCGUUUCAUAGCCUAGUUCGCGAUAUUGACAUAUUAGUGCACAUGACGGCUAGAGCUAAAACUGAUCCCGGAGGCAGAUCUCCGACGUUCCAUGACAUACUAUAUUUGCAAUUCUGAACUCCCCUAAACAGGCUUUGAAUGCGCGCGGUGUAUGUACGUCACGGAGCGAAGCCGUAAUACGACGCCACCCACGUCGAGCCAUUAAGAUCUUACCAUUGGCCUUCUUUCACUGCCGGGCCGUCAAACAUUGCCGUCCACAAGGGGAGUGGCGCUCUCAAGGUUACCCUACUUUAUUCUAGUAGGGUCUUCCCCACACGGAGCUUAAUCAAUCCAAUUUUUAGUUCCCCGCAUAGAACAGUCUCAUAUGCUUAGCGCAUCUUAACCUGCGGAUCAAUAUUCCGUAUCUUUGCUACGGACUCUUUAUUUUCGCAGCAUCGGAGGGACGCCUUCCAUUCUCUUGGCCUAGUUUGUGUGAUGCUGUAUGGACGUCAGCGGUGCCACGAGGCCAGACCGGAUUUGCCAAAAUAGUCUAGUCAGACUCACCGACAGAAAAAAGGGGGAUCACCCCAAAGUAUAUAAAUCAACCCAUGGAUCGACAAAUAAUGAUCAACCUCUCCGCAUUUUCACUCCACCAAAUUAGACAAACACAUCAAGAAACAUGAAGGUCACUGCGCUUAACAUCCUCGCACUCACCACCUUAGUGGCUGGUCUCACGUGCCCAAACAACUCUGGCGGCGGAUGCGGACAGUACACUGUGUCUGGCCUGGGCUCGCGCAAGACGCAAAUUAAAAAUGCUGGAGGUUCAUCCCGUGAUCUUGCGAUCGCUAUGAUGGAGACCGAGAAAAUGGAUACCAAUUACGCAUACGGUGACAACAAGAGCGGCGAUGCAGCAAACUUCGGUAUUUUUAAGCAGAACUGGGGAAUGCUCCGCGCAAGCUGCAGUCAAUUCAAGGGACAAAGUUCCAGCCAGUACAAUAAUGGUGCCGUAUUGAACUCUAAUCUAGCCUCAGAUCUUUCAUGCAGGCACCAGGGAGAGAGCUACUACGGUUACCAGAAGUGGGUUGCUGGACACCGAAAUGGUGCCUCUGGUCUAGCGAACCCGAACACAGCAGACAUCAACCUGUACAAGGGAGGUGUUGACUGGACUGAGCAGCAGCUUAACGGUGGCCACUUGUCUGACAACGAGCGAUUCUGGGUCGACGUUGUUCCGAUCUAAAUCUCUAGCCAUACUUGACUUAAGUGAUGAGGGUAUCCGAGACGUAGUAGCUAUAGCUUAUAGGGUAUGCUAGGGUAGUAGCUUGCUCUAGGG